AGCUGAUACGCCACAGCCGCCUCUAUUUAACUCCUGCUCGGUUCAAACCACAUGUUCAACCUGCCCUAGUCUGCUGCAGCUCCCACCAUCACACACACACAUACAUGCACACCGAUUCAUACACACAGCAUGCCUCCGUUUGAAAAAGCCCAGCUGCAGAACAAACCGUUCAAACAGAGGAAGAGCUUCGCUACGAGGAAACAAGAAGUGGCGGGGAUCAGGUCCAAGUUUCCAAACAAAAUCCCGGUCAUCAUUGAACGGUACGAGAGGGAGAAAUAUCUUCCUCCGCUGGAUAAAACCAAGUUUCUGGUGCCGCAUGAACUCACCAUGACUCAGUUUGUCACCAUCAUCAGGAACAGGAUGGCUCUGCUGCCCACUCAGGCCUUCUACCUGCUCAUUAACAACAGCGGGCUGGCCAGCAUGUCUCUCACCAUGGCUCAAGUGUACAAAGACCACCAGGACGAGGAUGGUUUCCUCUACAUGACCUAUGCUUCGCAGGAGAUGUUCGGACACUGACACAAACCUACUUUCUACUUUAGAUUUUAUUCAUUGUUAAAGGCUGCUAGCCUCCAUCUGCUGUAAAUAGAAAAAUAACUUGUGUUUGUAUAUAUUGUAACAUUUGUUGUACGUGUUUGUGAGAUGGAUUUUAACUAAAGAAUGUGGAUCCAAUAAAUCUUAAGUCAAAUUAUGAGUAA